AUGACUAAUAAUAAUGCACUUCGUCCUUCUAUCAAGUGUGUAAAACAACCACGUUCUCCUAUUCCAUCACAAACAACCGAAUCAAUUAUAAAUUUACAAACGGCUACUAAGCGACCAAAUGAAAACUCUUAUGACCAACAGCAACAGCAAGAGUCAGUUAAACGAGCACGACUUUCAUCUCGACCUACGGAUGAUAAUAGUAUAAAUUCUAAUCGAAUUGUACUUCGAAUUCGAAAGCCAAGUGAAGAUUUAUCAAGCAGUCGAAGUGAAACAUCAAAUAGUAGUAUUAGCGGUCAUCAAUUAACUGUUCAAAUAAAAGAGCCAUUAUCAACAUUAAGAGAAGAUGAUGAAGAUCAAAAUCAAUCUCAAUCAGAAAAUGUAUUUGAUAUUUUUAAUCAAACAUUAGUUCAAUCAAAAGAUGAUGAUGAAGUGCCAUUUAGAUCACCUGAAAAUCAAUCAUCGUCUCCUUCUCCAUCGGAAAGUAAUAUACCAAAUCCUCCCUUGAUUAGUAACUAUGUUGAUCAAAAUUUAAUAACUGUUGAUUCCAAUAUCGAAGAUGUCAGAUUAUCAAUAAAUGCUUUACUCGAUACUGUUGAUGCACUUAAAUCCAUAUCUGAAGUUCAUAAUAAUCAAUCCUUACUAAUGAUGACAUCAUCCACAAAUGAGUCUAGACCAGUACAACCUCAAUAUGCUGAACGACGUACAGCAACAAAACAAUCACGAAAAUCUCGUUUACAACAUCGUAUAGUAGCAACUCAACCAAAACCACUUACAACUAAUAAUACUACUCUUCCAUCUUUGGAACAUCAUUUAAAUGACCAAUCACUUUCUCCAACAUCAACAAUACCACCUUUAAGACCAUUAUCAAUAAGUCCUGCGAGUAUUGAUUUUUUUGAAGAUAUUGCAACUGUAACAAACGAUGAUUUAUUAACACAAUAUCAACAAUUAGAAAGAACAAAAUCAAUUGAAACACUUAGCUUUAAAUCUGAACCGAUGGAUAAUGAAGAAAAUCAAAAACGUCGAAUAGUUCAAUCAAUACCAGCAGUUCAUUCAUCUACACCAAGUUCAUCAUCAGUUUCUACAAAACCUUUUCUUAUAUCACCACCAGCAAAUACACAACAUCAUAAAACAAAAACUUCUGUUCCUCCUACAACAACAAUAUCAAACUCUCAAUUGCCAGCAAUGAUAACUAAUAGUAAUAAUUCAUUGGCACCACGAAUAUCAUCAACAGUACCACAAAAAAAUAAUUGGUCUACAGCUGCACCUAUGACUUCUUCUACACGACAACCACAAAGUGCAACACAUAAACGACCUGGACUAGCGAUAUAUCCACCGACAGCUCAACGUAAUAGUAAUAAUAAUCCACCGACAAUGAGAAUAAAUUCUUCAGCACCACUACAACCUCAGUCAUUUGAUACAUUUCCUAUUAAUGCAGCAAUACAACGAAGACCAAAUGGUAUGACUCAUUCAACACUUACCUCAAAUACACCACCAAUACCGAAUCGCAAUCCCAUACGAAUGCCUCUAUUUAAUAAUCAACCAAUUCGACCUUCAAUUGAAGAUCAUCAAACACCAGGUGAAAUACAAAUAAUUAUCAAAAAUUUUAAUGAUAAAUUUCAACAAUUAUUAACUGAUUUUACUGUUAAAAUUGAAACAGCACUUGAAUCGAAUCGAGUCAAGUAUGAAAAAGAAUUAGAAGAAACACGUCGUACAUAUCGUAUGUCAAUGAAUGAAUUACGUACAAUUACAACUCAACAAGUUCAAGAAAUGCACAAUAGUUUAGAAUUACAAUAUUGGACACGUCUUUCUGAGAUGCGUAAUCGUUAUGAAUCAUCACUUCAACAGCAACUUUCAAAAUCUUCAAAACAACUUAAUGGUGGACCUCGUUAG